CGCACUGGGCCGCGGUCCAUCUUUUCCCAGCGUAGACGAUCUUUGCGCGGAGCUGUAGUAUCUGCGUUGAAGAAGAGGAGCUGCUCUCCACUGGCUGCUAUGACCUAGCCACCGGACGACCACUCUCUGCUUUCAGCACUGUGACCGCUGCGUCUCAAAUAGUUUUGUAGUUUUUUUUCUCUCCUCCUUUUCUCCAAGCAGUCACACAGUCAACACGCAGUCGUUUAUGGUUGCACUGCCGCGACUUUUUAAUCGUAGCUGCUGGCCCCCCUUGAGGCUAGCCCGGCUAGCGGAGCAGUGACAGAGAGGAGCCAGCUGGUCGGACAGCGACGUUAGCAGACGAGCUAAUUAGCCAGAAAGACUCAGUCUGGAUUACUGUGUUUAAUCAAAGAGAGAGAGAGAGAGAGAGCAGAUCUGCGGGUUAUUCACUCACUGCGGCAAAAAUGAAGAUAACUGUGGAUUUCGAGGAGUGUUUGAAGGACUCCCCUCGGUUCAGAGCCACCAUAGAGGAAGUGGAGGGGGAUGUGUGUGAGUUGGAAUCCAAACUCGACAAAUUGGUGAAGUUGUGUAUUGGGAUGAUUGAUGCUGGAAAAGCCUACAAUGCAGCCAACAAGCAGUUUGUUAAUGGUAUCCGGGAGCUGGCCCAGCAGUCCACCAGGGAUGAGGUGAUUGAGUCCAGUCUCACGAAGUUUGCCGAGAGCCUGCAGGAGAUGAUCAACUAUCACACAAUAUUAUUCGACCAGGCCCAGAGAUCAAUCAAGACCCAGCUUCAAACAUUCGUCAAAGAUGACCUGCGCAAGUUCAAAGAAGCCAAGAAGCAAUUUGACAAAGUGAGUGAGGAAAAGGAGGCGGCGCUGAUCAAGAAUGCCCAGGCUCCCCGCAACAAGCAGCAUGAGGUGGAGGAGGCCACCAACAUCCUCACUGCCACGCGCAAGUGCUUCCGACACAUCGUACUUGACUAUGUUUUACAGAUCAACGUGCUACAAUCCAAGAGAAGAUCGGAAAUCCUGAAAUCAAUGUUGUCCUUCAUGUACGCCCACUUGACCUUCUUCCACCAAGGAUACGACCUCUUUAGUGAACUACAACCUCUAAUGAAACUGCUCGGAGGACAGUUGGACCAGCUGGUGGUGGAUGCUGCCAAAGAGAAGAGAGACAUGGAGCAGAAACACUCCACCAUCCAGCAAAAGGCUGCUCUGCAGGAUUUCUCGAAUGACGACACCAAGCUGGAGUACAAUGUGGAUGCAGACAACGGCAUUGCCAUGGAGGGUUAUCUCUUUAAGAGGGCCAGCAAUGCCUUCAAGACGUGGAAUAGGCGUUGGUUCUCGAUCCAGAACAAUCAGCUAGUUUACCAGAAGAAAUUUAAGGACAACCCUACAGUGGUGGUGGAGGACCUGAGACUAUGUACGGUCAAACACUGUGAGGACAUAGAGCGUCGCUUCUGUUUCGAAGUGGUCUCACCCACCAAGAGUUGUAUGAUGCAGGCAGACUCCGAGAAGCUGCGACAGGCCUGGAUCAAAGCCGUCCAAAACAGCAUUGCCACCGCCUUCCGUGACAAGAACGAUGACGGCGAGAAGCUGGAUAGGAAGUCAUCCACAUCGACAGGGAGUCUGGACUCUGGUGGAGAACCGAAAGAGAGAUCACUGAAAGGAGAAAGUGCCCUGCAGAAGGUCCUGGCUAUCCCAGGCAACACCUGCUGCUGCGACUGUGGGCAGCCAGACCCCCGCUGGGCCAGCAUCAAUCUGGGCAUCACCCUCUGCAUACAAUGCUCUGGCAUCCACAGGAGUCUGGGAGUGCAUUUCUCUAAGGUUCGAUCUUUGACUUUGGAUACAUGGGAGCCAGAACUACUAAAGUUGAUGUGUGAACUGGGAAACGGAGUGAUCAACCAGAUCUAUGAGGCUCGGCGAGAGGAGCUAGGAGCCAGAAAACCAAAUCCAGGCGAUCCAAGACUCGAGGUAGAGGCCUACAUCAAAGCCAAAUACGUGGACCGUCGGUUUGUACGUCGGCCAUCGGACGAGGAGCUUCGCACCAAAGUGGUUUCUCUGAGCAAACAGGAGAAGAGGCUGAGUAGCAGCUCUGAGCAUCUGCCCCCAAGACCGCCGCCACCCACACCAAAACUCAGACCCGGUUCUAACGUCUCUGGACAAUCAGCUGUUGCCAGUGGCUUGGAGGCCCGCCGCGACUCUCUCUUCUGUCCUGACGAGCUUGACUCGCUCUUCUCCUACUUUGACAACUCCUCCAAACUCAGGAGCAUAAAGAGUGCAGACAGCGGCAUCCAGAACAGCGCUGAUGGGAGCAGGGAGAUGCUGGCCAACACCCCCUCCAAUAACAGCCUGGCAGAUGCAGAGGCUGCUGAGUCUCCGCCCAUGGCCAUGCCUGCCACGCUGCCUCCUCCAUCACCCUGUAAGGAGAUUGUUUUCUAUGAGCCCAAGGAGUACAGCCCCGGUCUACAGCUGUACUGGGCCUCGUGUGCCCGCAGCCUGCCGGACAUGGCGGAGGCACUGGCCCACGGAGCAGAGGUCAACUGGGUCAAUACAGAAGACGACAAGAGGACGCCGCUUAUCAUGGCGGUGCAGGGGGGUUCGCUGGUCACCUGCGAGUUUCUGCUCCAAAAUGCAGCUAAUGUGAACCAGCAGGAUGCUCAGGGCCGAGGACCCCUCCAUCACGCCACCAUGCUGGGACACACAGGGCAAGUGUGUUUAUUCUUAAAAAGAGGAGCAAAUCAAAAUGCUGCAGACAUUGAUGAGAAAACACCGCUGUCAAUAGCAGUCGAUGCGGCGAAUGCCGACAUUGUCACACUGUUGCGACUGGCCAAGAUGAACGAGGAGAUGCGAGAGGCGGAGGGGCCAUACAGCCAGUCAGGAGACGAAACCUACCAGGAUAUUUUCCAAGAUUUCACCCACAUGGCCUCCAACGACCCGGACAAGCUGAACCGCUACCAGCAGUACGAUCCGCAAAGACCCUGACACAUCAGAAACACCGUCCAGUAGCACUCAGACGCUGUCUGCUCAACCCAUGAGAGACUAAUUCAAUGUGUGGAAAGACAUUGUCCACAUUUCCUCUAACAUCAUCGAGCAUAAAAGCCGGUUAGUGCUGCCACAGCUGGACUCAUGUCACCAUGUAUCUAACGUGACUGAAGCUCCUUUCAGCAAAUUAUGUUCAUUUGACUCAGCUGCGAUCGCAGCCCUAGUCAAAAAGUCACUCAAGUGAACGGGAACGUGUGUGAACAGCAAACCUCACUUUUUAAAAAACAAAACAAAACUGUGCUUCCCAGUAGGAUCUAUAACAAUAAGUGAAUGGUACAGUGUUAAAGCAUUUAAUAGGAUUUGAAAAGUCAUAAAAAAACAACAACUCGGUCUGAAUGUAGAGCUGCCGUCAAGCCAGUUUUUUUGACCUUUUAUAUCACACUUCCUGAUGGAAAUUGUUGCUUUUAUUUUUUAAUAUAUUAAGAAGAGUGUAAGGUGUUAAGUGCAUGGCAAACUGUUAAAUACUCCAUUUCAAUUUUUAAGUGCUUCCUUUUUCCAAUAGGAUUUUCUUUAUGAGCAUAGGCAAAUGCUACAGCAUCUUUUUUUGUAUCAAAGUUUUGCUUUAGUGAACUCUCAGCAGCGUAUAUACACGGCAAUAUGCUUUUACUUAUUUGCACAAAUCCUUUUGUCUUAAAUCGCCACUGAUGUUUACCAGUUUUGAUGGUAAGACUUGUUAAACAAUGUACAGUGAUUAUCGAAGUAAACAUGUUAUCGAUGAUGUGCCUGUAAUGUUAAAUAGAUAGUCUUUUUUUUUUUUUUGGUGAUUUUUAAAAUGCUAGAUAUUUUUGGCACGCGUUCCUCUGAAUGAUUUAAAAUUUUUCCAUGUUGUCAACACGUCAGUAUCGGCAGUACGUGUCAGUGAGGCAGUUUGCCCUUCAGCACCGCGAUUAUUCUGUGGAAGAAUAUUCAUGGGAAGUUUCCUGGAAAUUAAUUGUCCAUGUUAAUCCCUAAGAAUUUCAGUCUUGGCUGAUACCUGUGGCAAAACACGGCAAGUGUGUUUUCACACAACAGAAAAGCUUUGUUGAGCCACUACUUUGUCAGAAAUGUAGAAGAGUAACUGGAGUUUCUGUUUCCAUUGCAGCCAAACAAACUCGAGCUGUUUUAAUAAAGAAGUCUGUCAGUGAUCUGUCAUGCUAAAAAAGAUCCAAUUUACAUCCGCCUAACUCACUCUGACUGCUUCUACUUGUUCUUUUACUCGAUGACGUACUUAAAAGUCAUCGCUGAUAGAAAACUAACAAACGCUGCAUUGCAAGAGCAUUUCGUGUUUGCAUCGUUUUCCAGUAAUCCCAUUUGCAUUUGCAAUUUGAAUUCAGUGCAUGACAGGCAGCCUCCGCCACUAUCUAAACACAUAAUCAGAGAAUGUAAAUACAUUGAACGAGUAAUAAACAAAUACAGAGCAUAUCAGUGGCAACAAAAAUAAGUUAGGUUUCAUGAAAACCUUUCAGAUCUCAGUUUCUAUUUAUGCUGAAUUGUGCCUGUUGACAAGUUUCACAUUAUGUUCAGCUGACCUGCUGUGCACCUAUUGCAGAUAAUUGAAAUGAAUUAAUUAUAUUGAACUUUUCAAGGAAACUUCCCAGAAAAACUAAAAUAAGUGUUGCAAAAAUACCGAACAUGCAAUCAAAUGCAAAAUGUCCAGAUAUGUUUGGGAAUAUUACACACGCACUGUGGAUAUUGUACAAAGGUUUUUAUAACUUUAGUUUUCAUUUCAUGUGUUGAGAAAUCGAUUGUUUGAUUUAAACAUCAGGCGAUUUCACUGAAAUGAAUUCUGCAAACGCCAUGACAGAGGUUAUGUACUGUACUGUAGGAUCUGUGAUUUUUGCCUUAAAAACUGAAGAAUCUUCACUUCUCUUUGACAUUUGCAGUUUAUAGUAAGAUAUGAUAUGAAGCACAGAGGAAACCUUUAGCCAAGGAAACAUGGGAUACAAUUCUUGUACAUUUUGUACAGAUGCUUUUGAAUUCUGCAAAGAAGUGAAGUAUAAAGUUAGUGGUACUUGAAUCAUUAAAUAAGCUUUUGUAAAUGCUGUUCUUUGUAUCCUUCGAUAAAUUUAGCUCAUUUUAUAUUGCCUGUCUGUAUACCAGUAUACAUGUACUGUAUAUUCUACCUGUAAUAUGUAAGAACUUCAAUACAUAUGGACUGAGGAUUCA